CAGAACGAACCUUCAAAAUCAAAAUGAGGUCAAUUAUUCUUAUUUGCUUGUUAUUCCUUUUCGCUGCAAAAGUGAAUUCUGAAUCGUUUGAUUCAGAUGACAAAAGAGAUCUAUUCUCAGAUGAACACCAACGAAACAAUGAUGAAAACGUUGUAGAAGAUGGUGCUUCCAUAAGCAGACAGUUUGCCUCAGAAAACGACGAAGACAACAAUGAGGAUCAGAUACCUCCUUUGGGAAAAUCUUUCGAACUUCCUGAACACAGACGCGGAAAGUCUUUCGAAUUUCCUGAACACAGACGCGGAAAGUCUUUCGAAUUUCCUGAACGCAGACGCGGAAAGUCUUUCGAACUUCCUGAACGCAGACGCGGAAAGUCUUUCGAACUUCCUGAACGCAGACGCGGAAAGUCUUUCGAACUUCCUGAACGCAGACGCGGAAAGUCUUUCGAACUUCCUGAACGCAGACGCGGAAAGUCUUUCGAAUUUCCUGAACACAGACGCGGAAAGUCUUUCGAAUUUCCACUAAAUGUAUUGUUCCAAUUUGGUAAUUUGUUUCGUGAUGUAUUAGCAAGGCGUGAAGGAGAAAUAAAACAAUAA